GUACCUGGUGUACUUGGACUGGCUUGGAAUGGGUCUUUUCAGCUUCAGUCUUAAUGACGAUAAAAUGAAACUAGCACCAGGUCUUGUAAACACAAGUACUCUAGUAUUAUCACUAGUCUCUUUACUGCUAGUAUCUCUUGACAGAGUCGCGGCGACGUUCUAUCCCUUUGCACACCGCGCCGCCGGUUCUGCACUGUACAUAAAAGUUUUCGCGUUGACCUGGUGCAUAGCAUUGGUGAUAGCUUUUCUUCCCGUAUUCAUCACGGAAUGGAAAAUUUACGGACAUGAUGUGUGGUUCAGAACACUUGAUUUCUUGUGCAUCCUAUGUUUGAUUGUAAUUAUGCUAUCCUAUACUGCUAUCUUUAUAAAAAUCCGGCUUAAAAACAAGAAACAUCGCCAGCACGAGCAAGAACUGUCCACCCGGCGAAGACAGAAGCGAGAGAAGCACUUGGCCAUGACGUUGUUCAUCGUAACYGUCUUGUCACUCAUGACAUGGCUUCCUUUUAUCAUAAACCAUGAAAUUGAACUCGUUGCUUCUCUGCCGCCAGGUCCGGCUCAGCAYAACAUCGAGCUUCUAACAGAAAUCGUGCAGUUAACAAAUUCUCUUAUAAAUCCUAUAGUYUACGUGUUUCGGAUGAAGGAGUUCAGAGAAGCACUUUUUCAUGCACAUGUUGUUCAGGUGCUCGCGGGUUCAGCAACGUCGUAUCUAUCCUUCAGUGGGUAACGGUCAGGAGAAUACUGCCACAAACGCGACAGGAGCAUCAGAGCGUACACAAGAACUAGGAAUCGUAUGUGAAACCUUUCAACAACAAUCUGCUCAAUCAUGAAACUCCUUAAAAGUGUCUUAGCGCUUUCGUGGUUUAAUACUAGUAAUAAAAAUGUUCUGUGAUAUUUAUGAAACUCAUAAAACCUGUUAGUGAAACUAUUCAAACCUGUCUGACCUGUUGGAUGGUAUCUGGUAAAAAAGUCGUUACUAGUUUAAACACUUUUAAUGUUCUAUGAUAUUUAUGAAACUCAUCAAACCUGUCUUGGAAACUGGUCAAACUUGUCUGACCUGUUUGAUAAUAACGUUUCAUAAAAAUGUUCUGUGGUAUUUAUGAAACUCAUCAAACCUGUUUGUGAAACUAGUCAACCUGUCUGACCUGUUUGAUGGUAUCUGGUAAAACGUUGUUACUAGUUAAAACAAACACUUUUAAUCACUGUGAUAUGCAUGAAACUCAUCAAACCUGUUUUGGAAACUGGUCAAACUUGUCUGACCUGUUUGAUAAUAACGUUUCAUAAAAAUGUUCUGUGGUAUUUAUGAAACUCAUCAAACCUGUUUGUGAAACUAGUCAACCUGUUUGACCUGUUUGAUGGUAUCUGGUAAAACGUUGUUACUAGUUAAAACACUUUUAAUGUUCUGUGAUAUUUAUGAAACUCAUCAAACCUGUUUGGAAACUGGUCAAA